GCUGCAGCUGUUGAUUUUAAAAACGGGUUCGGUACGCAAUUCAACGGCCUCAUGCAGCCAUUUACUGAUACGGACUCGUUGUACAGCACAGCAUACACGUCGUACAACAAUUGGGCGACAAAAGUACCUAGUCCAUUGGGAUCGAAAACAUUCCCUUGGUCUGUGAACCCUUUGGGUUCGGUAAAUCAUCACCAUCAUCAAGCUCCGGUAAACUGUUUUAAUGCAGCUACGUCAGCAGCCGGCUCUAUGUUAUCUUCUCCAGCCCCCCAAAAUGGACCUCCAUAUUGUCCACCUACAGCACCAUACUCUGUGUACCAUCAUAGGCCUGCUGAACCCUGUAAUGUCAUGUCUAGUAGCAUUGCCAGUCUUCGACUCAAAGCCAAACAGCAUGCCUCUGGUUUUGGGGGAUACCAACCGGUUGGGUCGCCGGGCUCCCUUGGCGGACCAAAUGGCAAUUCUAUAAACGGAGGUAACAAUCGAUCAUCGUCAUCGUCAUGUCAAUACGGUAGUACGAACGGAGCAGGCGGAACCGGCGCGGGCGGUGGUAGUGGAGGUGGCGGAGGCGGUAAUUCUGGUAGUGAAGGUACAAGGACACCUGUCUGACGUGAAGAGCGCACCGGAGGAAGCGUCCGGUAUACGGUCGAGGACCUAUUAGAUUUCAAAGAAGAAAUGGAUGGUGCAGACGAAGACGACGAAGAAGAAGAAGAGGAAGAUGACAGAGGCAUGAACAAUCAGCAUCACCAUCACCAUCAGCUGGACAGUGGUGUUAAACACGAUUUGAUGCAAAUGCAAACGGCUACUGCAGUUGCAAUGCUCUAAUCUUCCAAUUCCUACACGGUACAUACAAAUUUUAAUUUUUCUCAACUCCUAGUGAAUCUUUGCGACUGCUUCUUCAUAAAUUUUCAGUUUCUAUAAUAUCAUUUAAUGUAAAUAAAAUUAUAAUUAGGUAACUCUAGACUUUUUUCGAUGUAUGCAUAAUUUUCCAAUGUAAAUAUGAUAUUGAAAAUAAUUAGUAAAAAUAAUCAAAUAAUUGAUUAUAUAUAAUGUACAGUGUAUACGAUAUAUUGUUUUGUUUUAAAUACCUGCUAAGUAUGGCAAUAAAGGAAAUCAUCCAUCUAGUCCAGUUUAAAUUUAUCACAUAGAAUUAGAUUUAAAAUAUGUUUUUUUCGUAAGAUGUGUAAAUAUAUACAAAUUUUGAGGGGUAUAAUGUAUUUCAAUUUUUAUGAGUAAAAUGUAUAGAAAAUUAUACGAUUAAACGCUAAAUUUAAAUCCAAACAGAACUAAAAAAUAUUGCUUAAAUUGUAUUACAAAAAAUAAAAAUAUUCGGCCAUCCAUUGUAUCCAUAUAAAAAAAAAAUGUUUCAUUGGUAUCAGUUGAAAUGUUUAUUAAUAUUUUAAUUAGUAAAAAAUACACUGGAAAGUGCCUGUCAAUAUUGUUUAACAUGAUUUCUACUAAACAUUAAUAUGUAAUUUUUGUACAUUUUGCAAACAAUAAAAUCUGUACUAAAUUGACAGUAUAGUUGAUUUGUAUUAUAAUCAUGUAGUUAUGUGAAUGUUUAACUUUUUUUUUUUUGUUCGAGGUUUUAUUGUAAUGUCAUGAGUGUUAAAAUACAUACAUUUUUAAAACAUAAACAGUAUUAAAUUUAUUUUAGACAGGCAAAGUGGUAUUGUUAUAAAUUUCGCUAUAUUAUGUAACUGACAAGAAAACAAUAUCCAUACAAUACUUUUUUCUUGUGUAGACAUUAUGGCGUACUCCUUUUAUCCGUUUAAAGCUAUUAGAGAAAAUUGAUUU